AUGAACAUAACUUCAAAUCAUCGAAUUUUAUGUCCAAGUUUAACUAUCUCUCACAAUAAGGAUUCUCGAAACUUUGACUUCAUCACUAGUGUUAUAGUUUGUAUCAUUAAUGGUCUACUUGUACUUCCAACAACGUUUCUAAACUUGCUGAUAAUUCUAGGUAUCCUUCGAAAUCCUUAUCUUCGAAAGCCGUCGUAUCUGCUAAUCUGUGCUUUGGCGUUCACAGAUUUUGGCGUCGGAGUCUUGUUACAACCACUGUUCAUCGUGAGGAAAGUCGCUCUCUUUUCGUCACGACAUGAUAUUUACUGCACCUUGGUUCAUUCUGGGAAUAUUUUAGCUCAUUUGGUGUGUAGCCCUUCGUUUUUCAUUGUCACUGUCAUAAGCAUUGACAGAUAUCUUGCAAUACGACUACAAACGCGCUACAAUCACAUCGUAACAGUUAAAACGGUACUCAAGUUUCUAAUUGGAUGCAUGGUUAGUGCUGUAGCAGUGACUUUAGCAAGGCUUCAAGCUACAAAACCAGGCUACAUGGGAAUAGCAGCAGCCCUGAUGUUCAUCCUUCUGAUUGUGAUACUGUCUUGCUACUUUGCUUCGAUAAAUACUUUGAAGAUCCAUCAACGACAAAUGGAUAACAUUCAGGAAUCCAUACUUGUUCAAACAGCACAAUACAAACGUACUCUCAAGACACUUCUUAUUAUUGUUUUUUCACUGUUUUUGUGUUAUAUUCCUUUUGUUGGGGUAGUUAUUGCUAUAGCUUUCUAUGGUCGGAAUAAAACUCUCACCAUUGCGUGGGAGUGCACCUCCACUUUGCUAUAUUUGAAUUCUUAUUUGAAUCCGUUGCUACAUCUCUGGAGAUGUAAGGAACUUAGGAGGUCUUGUUUGAGUAUGUUACGAUCGAUAUGGCAUUAUAAUGAAUAA